GGAACGCAAGAGGCCAACAUGGCUUUCCUUCUUACCAGAGUAAACCCAGAGGAACUGAAUCGAAUUCAGAAGAAUCACCUAGAUCAGAUGUUUCCCAUCCCAGCCUGUUGCUUUUUUGUUUUCCUCAUCCUGAUCCCAUCUGUUUCAAAGAAUUGGUUUGUGGCCGUUUAUCUGCUAUCACGUGCAACUGACAGGCUCGUGCAACCAGCGUGGAUUAUUGUGGUGCUGCUUCCUUUGCCAUCCAGAAGGAGCUGCUUCUCGGGGAAAACCACUGGGGAAGGAGCCAGGAGAGGCGCUGCAGAGCUGAGUGGGCGUGAGAGAGAAAGAUGGCCUCUUCCCAAGCGCCCCCAAGUUCUACGCUAGGAGGCCGGUCCGUGCAGGGGGCUCCAGAGGCCUCGACAGAUGGGGAAGAAGAUGCUGGGGAGGCGUUUGUGUUUGAGGACAGUGAGGAAGAGGAGAGCCCCAGGCUGGUCAUGAGCAAAGCCAGGACUGAGCUGGGCACCCGGGAAGCCCUGCAGGACCCUCCCCCCAGGCGGAGAUCCAGCAUCAGCGAUGACCUGGAGCCCUUGGACGAAUGGGAGGCCGAGGAGGCGCUGCUCGAGGGGCAGGCCCUAGUGACCCAGGCAGGCUCCAGCACCAGCCUCGAUUUCCUGGGCUCACAGCCACAGACAGAGUUUGUCGUCAGCAAUGGGGACGUGGUGGGAAGCUCUCAUGGCAGGUCACACUCCUUCAGCUGGAAAAGGAAGAGCUUCCGGCGAGGACAUCAGUUUAAUACCCCAGCCCCGGAGGAAGAGGUGAUCUAUGACGAUGUUCCUUCUGAAAACAUGGACCUGGAUCAGUGUGAUUCAGACAGAAGCCUGAUUUAUGAGGACGUCCAUCAAGAUAAAGAGCCACUGGAGGCUGAGGACCUUGGCUGGAGCUCCAGUGAGUUUGAGAGCUACAGUGAGGACUCUGGGGAAGAGGCCAAGCCAGAGGUGGAAGCUGCUAAGCCCAAAGUGUCCUUUCAGCCAAAGAUGACGCAGCUGAUGAAAGCAGCCAAGAGUGGCACGAAAGAUGGGCUGGAGAAGACCAAGAUGGCUGUCAUGCGGAAAGUGACUUUUUUGCACAAAAAGGAAGUCCCAGGGGACGGAGAGCCUAGCAGGAUUGCACCAGAGAUGGAACGUAAACGCUCUCUUUCCUGGACUGGGGAACUUUCCAAGGCCCACAAGCCGUGCCCGGAGAGAGGCGACUCAGAAGAGGAGGAGAUGGGGUUUCUGGAGGUCUCCGUCACAGAUAUGAAGCACCCGCUUCCUGAACUGGGCCCAAUGCCAGAAGGAUUAAGCCCUCAACAGGUGGUACGGCGUCACAUCUUGGGUUCCAUCGUGCAGAGUGAGAGGAGCUACGUGGACUCCUUGAAGCGGAUCUUGCAGGAUUACAGAAACCCUCUGAUGGAGAUGGAACCCAAAGUCCUCAGUGCCCGCAAGUGCCAGGUGGUUUUUUUCCGGGUCAAAGAGAUCCUGCAGUGCCAUUCCAUGUUCCAGAUCGCCUUGUCUUCACGUGUUGCCGAGUGGGAUACCGCAGAGAAAAUUGGUGACCUCUUUGUGGCCUCGUUCUCCAAGUCAAUGGUGCUGGAUGUGUACAGCGAAUAUGUCAACAACUUUACCAGCGCCAUGUCCUUGAUCAAGAAGGCCUGCCUCACCAAGCCUGCCUUCCUGGAAUUCCUCAAGAAGCGCCAGAUGGCCAGCCUAGACCGGGUCACUCUGUACGGACUGAUGGUGAAGCCCAUCCAAAGAUUCCCCCAGUUCAUCCUUCUGCUGCAGGACAUGCUGAAGAACACCCCGAAAGGCCACCCGGACAGGCUGUCGCUCCAGCUGGCCCUCACGGAGCUGGAGACCUUGGCAGAGAGGCUCAAUGAGCAGAAGCGACUGGCCGACCAGGUGGCUGAGAUUCAGCAGCUGACCAAGAGCGUCAGCGACCGCAGCAGCCUCAACAAGCUGCUGAGUUCGGGCCAGCGCCAGCUGUUGCUUUGCGAGACUCUAACGGAGACCGUUUAUGGCGACCGGGGUCAGCUCAUCAAAUCGAAGGAGCGCAAGGUGUUCCUGCUGAACGACAUGCUGGUCUGCGCCAAUAUCAAUUUCAAAGGCCAGUUGGAAAUCAGCAGCCUCGUCCCCCUGGGCCCCAAAUACAUUGUGAAGUGGAACUCAGCCCUUCCGCAGAUCCAGGUGGUAGAAGUUGGGCAGGAGAGCAGCGCCCAUGAGAAAGACAACGUGGUCAUCCAGAAUGUGGCCUCCAAGAAGCACAUGCCGACCAGCCAGUCUUCGCACAAUAAAGUCUACCUGGGCCCACCUCGCCUCUUCCAGGAGCUCCAAGAUCUGCAGAAGGAUUUGGCCGUAGUGGAGCAGAUAACGCUGCUCAUCAGCACCCUCCACGGCACGUACCAGAAUCUGAACAUGACAGUGGCUCAGGACUGGUGCUUGGCGCUGCAGAGGCUCAUGAGAGUGAAGGAGGAAGAAAUCCAUUCCGCCAACAAGUGCCGCCUCCGUCUCCUACUGCCAGGAAAGCCGGACAAGUCUGGUCGCCCCAUCAGCGUUAUGGUGGUCUUCAUCACUCCCAGCCCCCUCAGCAAGAUCUCCUGGGUGAACCGUUUGCACUUGGCCAAGAUUGCCCUCCGGGACGAAAACCAACCUGGCUGGCUGUGUCCCGAGGAGGAUAAGAAGAGCAAAGCUCCCUUCUGGUGCCCCAUCUUGGUUUGCCGCUUGCCUGCCUUUUCCUCCAAGGCUCUUGACCUGCAGCUUGGAGCAGCCGUGCACAGCCCCGUCCAUUCCUCUUUGCUGGGUUUCUCCGCCAUCAGCACUUCACUACCUCAAGGCUAUCUCUGGGUUGGGGGCGGCCAGGAAGGGGCCGGGGGCCAGGUGGAGAUUUUUUCUCUGAACCGUGCAGUGCCUCGUAUAGUGAAGUCCUUUCCCGUGGCCUCCCGGGUGCUGUGCGUGGAAUACAUUCCAGAGAGGAGCGAAGAGGAGAAAACGGAGGAUUCGCAGCCAGCUACUGACCCGCCUCUGCCAGCACAGCCGGCCAUUUGCCUGGGGCUGCAGGAUGGCACCAUCCUGGUGUAUGGAAGCGUGGACACAGGGACCCAGGUCCUCCUGACCAGCAAAAGCCCUGGACUGCAGCCAGUUCUCUGCUUGAAGCACAGCCCCGACUUCCUCUUUGUGGGCCUGCAGAACGGAACUGUAGCGGCUUACUCUCGAAACAGUGGGGGCCUUUGGGAUGCGGCAGCUGAGCCCACCUGCCUGGCAGUGGGGCUGGCGCCAGUCCAAACUCUGCUCACCUUGGAUGAUGCCGUUUGGGCCAGCUGCGGCAACCAAGUCACUGUGUUUGAUGCUGCCACUCUGAAGGCACAGCAAACAUUUGAAGCCCACCCAGAGGAGGAGGCCCGUGUCACGCACAUGAUCAAAGCAGGCAGCGGGGUCUGGAUGGCUUUCUCUUCAGGGUCCUCAAUCCGCCUCUUCCAUACCGAGACCUUGGAGCACCUGCAGGAAAUCAACGUUGCAACACGGACUGCUUUCGUCCUGCCAGGCCAGAAGAAUGUCCGCAUCACCAGCCUUCUGAUUUGCCAGGGCCUGCUGUGGGUUGGCACAGACCAAGGCAUUGUGGUUCUCUUGCCCGUGCCCAGGUUGGAGGGCAUCCCCAAGAUCACUGGGAAAGGCAUGGUCUCCCUCAACGGCCACUGUGGACCAGUGGAGUUCCUGGCCGUGGCCCUCUCCACCUUGGCGCCAGACAUCUUGAAGAGCGACAAGGAAGAAGAGGAGGAGCCAGCGGCAGAUUCCGCAUCUACGGAAGAGGAGAGGCAGGAGAGCAGGCCUUCAGAGCUGGCAGCCCAGGACAGCCCCCCCACGCAGGAGAGGAGGAAAAAGGGCGUCCUCUUGCAGUACCGCCUCCGCUCCACCUCUCACCUCCCUGGACAGUUGCUCUCGGUGAAGGAGGCUCCGUCCGCCACUGGUGGAAGCGCUUUGGAGCACACGGAGGAAGACGGAUCCAUCUACGAAAUGGCCGAUGACCCUGACGUCUGGGUGCGGAGCAGGCCAUGCACACGGGAUGCUCCCCGCAAGGAGAUCUCCUCCUUGGCUGUCAUCUCUGGCGGACGAGGCUACCGGAACUUCAACCCCAAUGGCAAAUUGCCGGCUAGCAGCGAAACUGAUAGCACUUUGCUCAUCUGGCAGGUCCCUUUGAUGCUAUAGCCCAGAGCUCCUGUCUUCCCCUCCCACGUCUCUGUCCUUCCCACCUUAAGAUUAGUGGCCCUGGCAGCGGAUCCGGCCCUUUGGAAUACGGGGUGCAUUUUGCUGCCUGGCCAUCCUAAGUAUCGUUGGGGCAACGUUUGCCUGCUCUGCCCAGAGGGGGAUUCAGGCUUUUAUUCCCCCCCCCCCCCCAGUGUGCGUACAUUCUUCUGGAAGGACUUCUUUUUCAAAUCAAAGAUCUCGUGUUUGGUUAGCCUUUUACUCCCGGUUGAGGUUUUUAAAGACUUUCCAGGUGACAUAGGAAUUGGUGCACUCCCUGCCGGAUUUGGAGUCACCAGAAUUUUUUCACCGAUGACUUUUUUUUCUUUUGAGAAAGGGGCGUGAGCAUUUGUGUAUACAUGUGUGAAUAUAUAUAUACGUACAUACAUACAUACAUACAUAUAUAUAAAUUAAAAGUUCUGUAUACAUUGUAUAAAUAAAAAAUCUGUAUAUAUUGGUGCAUUUUCGGAAGUAGAAAUGAAGGCAGUAAAGAGAACAGCUUCACUGCCUCCUUAACAGCUGGUGCCUCCGUUCCCACUGGGCUCGAAUUAGAAUCCUGCAAGCUAAGCAUAGAACGUUUUUUGUGUCACUAGAUGCAGAAAAAGUUCUGAAGAAAAAGUUGGAAUGCAGCUAAGUCAGGCAUCGUCCACUGCUUUGGGUGGGGGAGAUGUGGGUGGAAGGAGAGGAGGCGGUCAUGGAAGAGCUUCUGCUCAAACCACAGGGAGACGUGAGGGAGGACAAAGAAGGACCAUUAACGCAGGGAGAGGGCUUGCAUUCUGGACAGUCUGGGGCUUUCUACACAGCCGCUUCUGUGGCUGUUUGCUCAUCACGUGGCAACACGGCUUCUACAUGGAAGGUUCCCCCACAUUUUUAAAAAAUGGUUAUGAUGUUUUAAUAUAAGUAUAAGCCCAUGGGUAACAGGAGGCAGCUGCCCCUUUCGGGAGGGGGCGCAGUGUGCCACAUUUGUGUAAAAACAAAGAAUAAAUACCAUUUUCUCUGAA